CAUCAAGAGGCGUGACUUGUGACAGCUCAUCAUAUAAACCUCAUCCAAUCCUAGCCAUGAAUCCUUGAGUAUGCUCUCCUUACUCUACGUUCUGGGCACCCGCAUUUUUCUAGAAAACCACCAAUUCUGAAUUUCCGACCAAACGUUUCUCCCCAUUCUUCUUACUUUACUCAUUUUACCCAAGAUACUACUGAAUGAGCUCUGCCCCAAAGCCAUGUGCCAUAUCGACGCCAUCCUUCACAUCCCCUGCGCCCAUCUCAUCGACACCCUCGCCCCCGGCCACCCCUGCGAUCCCAAAAAGCCCCUUACAACCCCCUGCGCCGUCGCCAAAGAACAAGACACAGCGUGCCGUGUUACAUCCACAAAGAUCUCUUGGAAGAGUUUACAACGGUGCGAGCGGUAUUAUUAUUAUGACGUCGUAGGUCCUCCAAUUUCCAAAACCACCCCUUUCCACUCCCUCCCAUCCAACCACCCCUCUGCUCCUCACCCCUCCGUAUCCCUUCCACCUCAAACCCACCUUCUCGCUUUCGCCACCCUUUUCCACCCCCGAGAGCGCUACAAACAACAACACACCAGCCUUUCCACCCCGCCUCCAAAUAAGCCCUAUCCUCUCUCCUCCGGCUUUUCUCUCCCCAGACCCUCCAUACCACGAAUCGCCCCUCCCAUCUAGAAAUUUCCCGGCUCGCGGAACUCCACGCUUUUCCUUGACCGGCCCUGCCGCCCCUUCCUCCUUU